GAAUCAGUUAAUCAAGUUCAUUACUUUGGAAGUACUGAUUAAGUAAUUAAAGCAACAUGUUGAGAAUUGCACUUAUUUUCUGCUUGGUGGUCGGGUAUAAGGCGUCGUUACCUGGACCUUGCCCAAAAGUAACCGGAGAAUUAGUAGAUUUAAAUGCGGUUGUCGGAAAAUGGUAUUUGCAAAAAAUGAGCGAUAGUGUUUACGAUAGUACUAUAGCAUGUACUGAACUGUAUUGGGGUAAACCUAACAGGAACGGUGAAUCAUCACUUAUCUACAAUAGUUAUUCAAAAAAAGCCGACGUAUACAUAACAGAUGUGUCUGAUGCAACAUCGAGUCCCGAUGGUACUAAUAUCGUGUACCACUUCCCAAUCUCAGGACCUAGAUACCAAAAACGCUACAUUUUCGGCGACGAUUUCAGCCGAUAUGCAGUACUAUGGAGCUGUGAGAAUAAUGGAACUAUGCAUGAUGAAACUGCCUGGGUCUAUUCACGACGACCAAAUGCGGCACCUGAACAUGUAAACGGCUAUCUACAAUGGAAAUUAGCUCGUCUCGGACUUAAUUUGUCGACUCUCAAGAACGUUGAUACCAGAAACUGUUGGUGUUAAACUUUUUUUGAAUACAUGAUUUUUGUUUUGAUUGUCUCAGAUAUGCUAAACUUUUAUGUUUUCAAAUAAACAAACUAUAAUAAUUACUA